CAUUUACUGCUCUACCUACACACCAACCACCGUCACAAUGGCCAACGCUGUCGGAUGCUGCGAAAUCAUCAUCGCCUUCUUCCUCCCCUUCGUGGGUGUCUUCAUGCGCACCGGCUGCAGCUGCGAUCUCCUGAUCAACAUCUGUCUCUGCAUUCUGGGAUGGAUCCCUGGCGUCAUCCACGCCUACUACAUCCUCGCCAACAAAUAGAUCAAGACUA